CUUGCAUUGAUAGGUCUAUCGUCACCCUUCCUGCCUCAUUAAGCAUCGCUGGGAACACUCUCCGCAUUGGCGCGAAGCGUCUAAACUGAUGCUGAGCAAGCAUCAGCAGGUGCAACUUCUUGAGGUGGGUCCCUUUCCCAGGUGCAAAAAGCUUGACAUUAAAAUGGAGGGUUGUAGGCCGCGGCAAUCUUGUCUCAUAUGUCGCCAUCGAAUACGGGCGGUAUGUCUCUCCCGGAAGAUCGUUCACUCUGGCCGUCCUUCCUUUCUGGCGGUUUGCUUCCACCUCCAUCCACAUCGAACGGGGUUCAGUCGGCGACUUCCUCUAGCGCGGCUCCGUCUUCCCUGGACUCCCGCCCGUCCCUGCGCGCGUCCAGUUCUGUGCCGGCUCAGUCUGCGCUCUCCAUGUCGAGGCCAGGCUCUGCGGGUCCGCGCAUGCACGACUACUCCAUCAUCAACUCGAGCGGAAUCACUCACGUUCGUCCUGGUGUCGUCGGUGUCUCCACGAGCUCCUCGCCGCCUCCAGCGACCCCUUCGCCGUCUGGGCCGUCUCCUAUACCGGUCAAGAUGGAUACCUACCGCGAGACCCGGGCGCUGUCCGUGUCGUCAGACACCUGGAACUCCUCACCUGUCUCCUCGACGUACGGACAGUCCUACGCUUCGACGGGCAGCUGGUCGCUGCCGCGCUCCUCCCUGCGGUCCCGCUCCGCUUCGGCGCCAAAGACGGACGAGGACGAGAGCUACAUCGAGGUCGACAUCGAGGGCGACGACGGGUUCGCCGGCCAGCGAUACGGCUUUGUCAGCCGUGGCCGCAUGAGCGCGGAACGCAGUGGCGGACUUAAGGACGUCGACGGCACGCCGAUGAACCUCCGGGACGAGAAGAUUGAAGAGGAAUGGGACGGCGAAAUGGAGAUGGAGAUGUAGCUGCUGUAACAUUAGCAUUAGCAUUAGGACUGGGAAACUCACUCGGAAGUGUAAGUGGCCUGUAUUCACGCAUCAGAACCGGAUGGACUGUCCAAUAAUAUAUAUAUAUAUUCAUCUUGGUUGCUGGGUAUACUCCG